AUGGCGACCGCAGAAAAGCAACAGCAAAAGAACCCGAUCAAGCAAGAGUCCGACGAUGACCAGCCGCAGCAGAAAGCCCAACGCCAACAGCCCAAGCAGGUAGACGAGGACGACGAAGACUACUACUCUGACGAGUACGACGAUGACUAUGACUACUCCGACGAUGAUGAUGAUUACUACGACGACGACGACGACUAUCAGGACAACCAGGGCAUGCAGUCAUACAACGGUGGCCAGUCGAUAAGCAGCAAAGACCAACAAAACCGUCCUAUCCAAAAUGGCUCGAUAACUCGUGCCGAGGGCAAGAAGAAGUCCAUCGACGACGAGGAAGGCUUGAAGCUAAAGGUCGACGUCAAUUUGGAUAUCGAAAUUGAGCUGAAGGCGCGUAUCCAUGGUGAUUUGACGCUGGCGUUGCUUGCGUGA